GUUUAUUUUCGGGUUGAGCUCCUCAGUUGCUUCGGCUUCAGUCGGAAGUGUUCGGGUGUUGUCGGACUCCACCGGUGUGUCAGAGGGCAGAACGAGCGCUGCGGCUCUCAACGCUCGGGAACAGCGCCAUUCAUCUGCGAGGACCGCGGACACACCUGGUCGGACCGAAGACAGCCGUUUGGCGACUGAAAGGGCUCCACACAGCCCCCGGUUAAUCACUUGAGGAAUGCGGUGCUGUUAGGACGACGGGAGCCGAAAGCCGAAACUUCAAAAAAAAAAAAACUUUAUUUUUAACCAACUUAUCAAAAAGGGAUCAUGGCCACGGGCGGAUUUAAGUCAAACGCAACGACAGACUUUUUGGAGGAGUGGAAGGCGAAACGUGAGAAAAUGAGAGCCAAAAUGCUGGGGGACAUAGCCGCAGCGACUGGUGCUCCCUUGGGUGCCAACAACCCAAACAGCACAGGCAACAACAACAGUAGUAACCGCCAUAACGCCCAACACGGCACCGAGCUCACCAAUAACCCUGACCGAAGCACCGCCGCUGGGAACUGCCUCCCCUCCUCCUACACGGUGGCUCGGUCCUCCUCCGGCACGGCUUUAAAGCGACCCGAGGAGGAAACUCAGCACCCUGCCCUCCCUGCUUCCCCCACAGCCUCACCGCCGGGGAGCAGCCUGAAGAAGGCCCCGCCUCAGACAGAGAAACCUCAGUGCGCUUCCCCGGACUCCAGCCCCAUGGCUUGCAAUGACAGUGACAAGGGAAGCCCAUCACCCAGUAAGGUCAAGGAGAAGAAUAGCACUGGUCCCAGUGCUAGGAAGGGAAAAGGGCAGAUUGAGAAGAGGAAGUUGAGGGAAAAGAGGAGAUCAACAGGUGUCGUCAGCAUACCAUCCAACGAGAGCCUGGAUGAGCUGGACGAUGACGACACAGGGGAGAAGAAUAGAAAGGAGGAGGAGGAGCUGGUUCAGGCCAACACUUUCCAGAACGAGUCCAUGAUAGCUGAACCUACCACCGGCCACUUAAUGGAAACUCCCAGAUCUGGGAGCGGGCGCCACAAGAGCUCUGCGGGGCCGGGAUCCGAGGAAGAGCUUAGUUGUAACAGCCGACAACGACACAACCGUCACGGCAGAGACGGAGGAGCUGCAGCACCACCAGGGAGCUUGGAGAAAAGAAUGGAGGAGCUGGAGAAGGAGCUGGCCAGAGAGCGUCAGGAGAAUGAUAGGUUGCUGAAGGCCCACCAGGACAAAGACGACCUCAUCGGGAAGCUGAGGGAGGAAAUUGACUUGCUGAACAGAGACCUGGAUGACAUUGAAGAUGAGAAUGAGCAACUCAAACAGGAGAACAAGACUCUGCUGAAAGUGGUGGGCCAGCUGACGAGGUAGAACCCGACA